GCUGUGCACGGUGUAGUACAGUAAGUUUUGAGGUCAGAGGUCGCAGUACACAUGUUCGUGCACGUCGCAGUGUUUCUCACAUCUUGUGCACUUUACCUCUCAGAUUUAAGCCGUUUGUGGAACCCAGUCAGCAUUUGCCCAUUGACAGUUGCUCCUGAGUUCCACCAUGCCUGUCACCAAACAGUACCUGCGCUAUGUUCCCGCCUCCAUGUGGGGUGUGGUGGCCAGCCCCAAGGCCCCCGUGGUGCUGCUCUGUUUGCGUGGCGUGAAGGGACGAUAUGCAGCAGUGGCUGCUGUGGAGCAUGUUUUCAUCUGGGACCUACGAAUCGGAGAGAAGCUGUUGGUGCUGCAAGGUGGGAAGCAUGAGGUCACAGCUCUGGCUGCCAGUCCUGACAACCAGCAUGUUGCUGUUGGAUACUCUGACGGCACAGUGCAGGUGUUCAGCCUUGUGACAGGGGAGGUAGGCGUGGUCUUCAGCGGACACAAAGGGGCCGUCACCGCGCUCGGAUAUGACCACAGUGGGAUGAGACUGGUCUCAGGGUCAAAGGACACAGAUGUGAUUGUGUGGGACAUUGUUAAUGAGUCUGGUCUCUACAGACUGAAGGGACACAAAGGUGUGAUCACCCACUGUCACUUUCUCAAGGACAGGAACUUUCUCAUCACUAGCUCAAAGGAUACGUUUGUGAAGUGGUGGGACCUGGACACGCAGCAUUGCUUCAAGACCAUGGUGGGACACAGGACGGAGGUCUGGAGCUUUGCUGUGACAGCGGACGAGAGGAGACUGAUCACAGGAAGCGGGGACAAUGAGCUCAGGGUUUGGGACAUCCAGUACAAACAGCAGAAGCAAGAAGAGGAAGAAGAUGAUGAGCCUCCUACCAAGAAAGCUUUUCUGGAGGUGAAAGAAGAGGAAAAGGAAGAUGACCCACAGGAAGAGUUGGAAGAUAGACUAGUGUGCACCUCCCAGGUCGGCUCACUUCUGAGGAAGGGGAGGGACAGGGUUGUGUCGAUGACCCUUGACCCUACUGGUACCAUCCUCUCAUGCCAUGGCCCAGAUACUGUGUUGGAGCUGUUCAGGAUCUGCACAGAGGAGGAAAUACAGACAAGACUCAAGAAGAAACAAAAGAAGCUCAGAAAAAAGCUCAAGGACCAAGAGGCAGCAGGAGAUGUCCCUGAGGUGUUCAGGACUCUGGAAGAUGAGAUUCAGCGGUUAUGUAACGUCUCCGCAGCAGGCAAGGUUAAGUCAUGUGACCUGCAGCUUGAAGCCAAUGGACAACUGAAGGCAUUCCUAGUUCUCCAUGACAACUCCAUGGAAACCAUCACAGUUCCAACCAAUGAGAAGAAGCCUGAGCCAAGCGGCAAAUCUCGCCUGCUUUUGCCGGGUCACCGGAGCGAUGUCAGAACGGUGGCGUUUAGUAGCGACAACAUCGCCAUGGUGACGGGGGCCACGGAAACAGUCAAACUCUGGAACAGGUCCACACAACAGUGCAUCAGAACCAUGCCAUCAGGUUACGCACUGUGUUCGACUUUUGCCCCUGGAGACCAACAGGUCAUCAUCGGUACAAAGACAGGGAAGCUGCAAAUAUUUGACAUUGGUUCUGGCAGUCAACUGCAGUCUGUGGAUGCCCACCAGGGGGCAGUGUGGUCCAUAGCAUUGUCUCCUGACAAGAGAGGCCUUGUGUCAGGUGGCGCAGACAAGCUGGUUAAGUUUUGGGACUUUGAACUCAUCAACGAUGAGAAGUUUUCCUCCACAAGUAAGAGGCUGAGCAUCAGCCAUGCCCGCUCCCUGCAGUGUGAUGAGGAUGUUCUCGGGGUGAAGUAUAGCCCGGAUCACAGGCUCCUCGCUGUGGCCCUGCUGGACAACACUGUCAAAGUCUUCUAUGCAGACACAUUGAAGUUUUUCUUGUCCCUGUAUGGUCACAAGCUUCCAGUCUUAGCCAUGGACAUUUCCACGGAUGGUACCCUGCUGGUGACUGGUUCUGCCGACAGGAACAUCAAACUCUGGGGUCUGGAUUUCGGGGACUGCCACAAGUCUAUCUUCGCUCAUGAUGACAGCAUCAUGUGUGUGCAGUUCCUGCCCAGGACACACAUGUUCUUCAGUGCAGGGAAGGACGGGCGUGUCAAACAGUGGGACGCUGACAACUUCCAGCACAUCCUGACGUUAGAGGGGCAUCAAGCAGAGGUCUGGUGUAUGGCCAUCAGUCCUAACGGAGACUAUGUGGUGACAGGGUCCCAUGACAAGUCCUUACGACUGUGGCAGAGAACACAGGAACCUCUCAUCUUGGAGGAGGAGCGAGAGAGUGAACGAGAGAAGGACUUUGAACAGACUCUGGCCAAGGGGGAACAUCCUGCUGUUGCUGGUGAGACAUCUGGAGAAGCCGGGAUGGCUGGGAAGAAGAGUGUAGAGACUGUCAAGGCUGCUGAGAAAGUUAUGGAAGCAGUGGAGAUUUACAAGGAAGAGACAGCAAGACAGGAGGAGCACAGAAGGGAGUGUGAGGCUCUGAACAAACAGGUCCCACUGCCACCUCCACACCCCAUGCUUCUGGCCUAUGGGAAUGCAACACCCCCGAGGUUUGUCUUGGAGGUUAUCAAGAAGGUUCGAUCAAGUGAGCUGGAGGAGGCCCUGCUAGUCCUGCCCUUCUCCUAUGUCAUCGACCUUCUCAAACUCCUGAACGACUUCCUGACGGAAGGCUGGGAGGUCGAGCUCACCUGCAGAUGUCUGUUUUUCUUACUCAGAAUCCACCAGGGGGCCAUCACAUCUAACCAAGUCCUGCUGCCAGUUAUGGACAACCUAAGGAAGAACACACAGGACAGGGUACACCAGAUCAGGGAUGUUGUUGGGUUCAACUUGGGGGGACUCCAGUUCCUACAGAGAGAGAUGGAGGCUCAGAAUGACGUCACCUUCUUUGCCGACGCCACAGAGAGAUUUCAGGAACGAAGGAGAAAGAAGAAGAGAAAGGAAAGAGCAGUUCUUGCCAUUAGAUGAUAGAAAAGUAUAUCAGAACCUGUUCUUUGAUAUAAGACAUUUUUUGGUAGAGAAGUACCAAGACUUCUGUUAACAGAAUCAGACAGUUAUACACUAAUUUGUAUACCUACCUCUGGUAAUUUUUGUUGUUGUUGAUAACAUAAGAAGGUAAAAGGCAUUUAUUAAUAUAAUGAAGUUGUACUUUCAGAGUGAGGCUGGCUGGCUGCAAAACAAUGGUGACAGCUGUAAUAAUAUAACACUUGCAACAACAUAUAAAGCCAAUUUAGGUUCUAAGCUGUGUAUAUGAGAUGAAAACUUCACUUCUUUAUCAUCUUUUUAUUGUUGCUGUCCACAGUCUAGUCAUAAGUCAAAGAUUUUUGCUGUCAUUAUUGUGUAAGGGACUUGUUGAAUUGCUCUUGUAGCCAGCAGAUCAAUUCAACUCAAUCAAAUUUUGCUUUUUCUUACCUUACUCAGAGGAAAAUAUGAGUAUGAUGCCUUAUGCAAACUAGAACCUUGUAUGAAAGAGUUUUCUGAUAAAAGCAACUUCCUAGACUUACAAAUGUAUUGUGCUUGUUAAUCUUCUGAGGAGUCAAUGGCUAAAGUGAAAGGAGAGCAUUACACACCAACCACAUACAAACAUUUAUUUGUUCCUUGAUAUAGAGCUCACUUCAAGUUUUGCAAGGAGAAAAUUUGUCAUGGUUACUUUUUGCUGUUUCACAGUUCAACAAUAGCUCAAGAACUUUUUGUAUACUUGUAUAAUCUAGUACCAUAGUACGUACUUGUAACAUUCACCUAUUAUUCCAUCAACUCCAUCUAAAUGCAUUUGAA